AUGCUAGACAAUUUUAAAGGGUCUUUGAGGAUUCUGAGUUCCCUAGUCGUGUUUGGAUUUCAGCUGGUCAUUCCACAGACUUCCAUUGAACACAGAAAGGUACCCCAAAGGAUAAAAGAUGGUGGGAAUGUUGCCCCAGAAGAAGAGAGCGGAGGAAUCCCUGGGGUCUGGGGCAGCUGGGGACCUUGGUCAGCUUGCUCCAGAAGCUGCAGUGGUGGAGUGAUGGUGCAGAUGCGGCCAUGUCUUCCAGGAUACUACUAUGAGAGGACUUCUCACAAGCCUGGGCAGUUCUCUGCUUCGGAGAGGGCACUGGCUCAUAUCCAGCAACUGCCUCAAGAAGACUCUCUGCCUCCUUUCUCUGGUCACGUCAUCUCAGCCAUCCGUACAUCGGUUCCUCUUCACAGGAAUGAGGAACCACCACGGGCUGCUCUCUCCUCUGGAGGGGGCCGCAAUGACAGCCAUUGGAGCCGAGCCACCUCAAGAGGGGGUCAAGUUCCUCAGUCUCGGAGACGUAGCCCCAAAUCAGAAAGAAGAGGCCGAAAUAAAAGCCCCAUUGGGCCUGGGAAAUAUGGCUACGGAAAAGUUCCCUAUAUCCUCCCGCUGCAGACGGACACGGGACAAUCGGCACACAAACCCCGCAAGCAACGUCAGUCCAUGCAGCCUGCACCAAACCAACAGAUGACUGGUGGCAUCUCCACUUUUGCCCAUCCAGCAUCUCGAAGUUUGUUCCAGGGCACAGAACGGGGCAGGCAUCUCCCUGGAGCGCCUUAUCCACCCGUCCAAGGGCAGAUGUCUGCUCAGCCGGCCGCUGCAAUUGUGUGCACCGGGGCCUACAAGCAGUACAGACUCUGCAAUACGAACGCCUGCCUUGAGAACAGAAACAUCAGAGAGGUGCAAUGUGCGUCGUACAACAACAAGCCAUUUAUGGGCCGUUUCUACGAGUGGGAGCCAUUUGCUGAAGUGAAGGGCAGUCAGAAAUGUGAGCUCAACUGCCGAGCGGUUGGCUAUCGCUUCUACGUGAGGCAGGCAGAGAAAGUCAUUGACGGGACACCAUGCGAUCAAAAUGGAACCUCCGUCUGCGUGUCGGGGCAAUGCAAGAGUAUUGGCUGUGAUGACUACCUGGGUUCCGAUAAGGUGGUGGACAAAUGUGGAAUCUGUGGAGGGGACAACACAGCUUGCAGGGUGAUCUCAGGAGUCUUCAAGCACAGCCUGACCAACCUUGGCUACCACAAAAUAGUAGAAAUUCCAGAAGGGGCCACCAAAAUCAACAUCACAGAGAUGUCCAAGAGCAACAAUUACCUGGCACUACGGAGUCGAUCAGGACGUGCCAUUAUCAACGGGAAUUGGGCAAUUGAUCGACCUGGGAGAUACGAGGGAGGAGGAACGAUAUUCAUCUAUAAACGGCCCAACGAGAUCUCAAGUACUGCCGGGGAAUCCUUUUUAGCAGAGGGCCCAACCAAUGAAAUCUUGGAUGUCUAUAUGAUUCAUCAACAGCCCAAUCCAGGUAUACAUUAUGAGUACAUUAUUCCAGGUCCCAACACCAUCAGUUCUCAGGUGCCUCUUCACAGACGGCCAGGGGAGCCGUUCAAUGGCCAACUGGAGGUGACAGAGACCGUGAAUUACCAGGACAAAGAUCUGCAUCAGGAGGCAGGCAGUCACCCGAGACAACCCGGGAUGAGUCAGCCUGGAAGAUUUCCUUCCCAAGUUCCAGACAACCAAGUCCCAGUUGGUCAGCCUCCCAGACGCAGCCGGGAACAUAACUGGAAACAAACUGGAACAACUGAAUGCAGCGCUACCUGUGGGAAAGGGGCACAAUAUCCCAUCUUCCGCUGCGUGCACAGAAACACUCACGAGGAGGUGGCUGACAGCUACUGCGACGUCAACUCUAAGCCCACCCCGGAGGAGGAACCCUGCAACCUUUUCCCUUGCCCAGCCUUCUGGGAUUUAGGAGAGUGGUCAGAAUGCAGCAAAUCCUGCGGCCUGGGGAUGCAGCAUCGCCAAGUUCUCUGCCGGCAAGUCUAUGCCAACCGCACCUUAACGGUUCAGCUGCAUCGAUGCCAACACCUGGAGAAACCAGAGACGACAAGUACGUGCCAACUGAAGAUCUGCAGUGAAUGGCAAAUUCGGACAGAAUGGACAUCGUGCUCGGUUCCAUGUGGAGUUGGCCAGAAGACCCGGGAUGUAAAAUGUGUCAGCAACCUUGGGGACGUUGUUGAUGAUGAGGAGUGUAACAUGAAGCUGCGGCCAAAUGACAUUGAGAACUGUGAUAUGGGGCCUUGUGCCAAGAGCUGGUUCCUUACGGAAUGGAGUGAUCGGUGCUCGGCAGAAUGUGGUUCUGGCGUUCGAACCCGUUCCGUGGUCUGCAUGACCAACCACAUCAGCAGUUUGCCACUGGAGGGUUGUGGGCACAACAGACCCUUGGAAAGUACCCCCUGUGACAACGGGCCUUGCCUGGGGAAAGUCGAGUGGUUUGCUGGCAGCUGGAGUCAGUGUUCCAUCGAGUGCGGCAGUGGCACCCAGCAGAGGGAGGUCGUCUGUAUCCGGAAGACCGAGAACCACUUCGAGAUGCUGAAUCCCCACGAGUGCGCCUUCCUGCAAAGACCCCCCAGCCAGCAGACCUGCAACCUCAAACCUUGUGGUGCCAAGUGGUUCAGUACCGAAUGGAGCGCUUGUUCCAAGUCGUGCGAAGGCGGCUUCCGAAUCCGGGAGGUGCGAUGUCUGUCAGAUGACAUGUCCCCAAGUACCAAAUGUGACUCCCAGCUGAAGCUGGUGGAAAAGGAAUCCUGCAACACCCAGGACUGCAUGCCUGACAUAGAUGAAAACUGCAAAGAUAAAUACUACAACUGCAACGUUGUGGUGCAAGCCCGCCUCUGCGUCUACACCUAUUACAAGACGGCCUGCUGCAUAUCCUGUUCCAGAGUGGCGAAUCGGCAGUCGGGCUUUUUGGGGAGGCGAUAACAGCUGCUCCAUCCCGGGCUUCUGACCUGUGCCUCAGCUCCCGCAAGCUGCUUUCACAACACUUCUACCUUUCCAAGAGUGGUUCUUUUCCCCCCAUAAUGAUGGGCACCUCUGAAGGGGUGAUGGAAGCACCUCUGGGGGAAUAUCACUAACACACACUGUAAUAAAAAUGUUGGGGAAACCCAUGCUGUAACGCUGGACCUUCAAAGCUUUAGGCAUGAGGAUACAUGCUGAUGGAUGGAU